AUGGUGGUGUUCAAUACGACGGAGUCGAAUGACAUGAUCAUCGCGACGGACGAUGGGCCACUGGUGUACAACUUGGGCAACAUUGCGUGGGUGCUCGUGGCGUCGGGUCUGGUGUUCCUGAUGAUCCCUGGCGUGGGCUUCUUCUAUUCGGGUCUGCUGCGGCGCAAGAACGCGCUCACUGUGCUGAUCCUCACGAUGAUGGUCUCGGCGGUGGCGUCGUUUGAGUGGUUUUUCUGGGGCUUUUCCCUCUCGUUCAGCGAGACGGGCGGGCGCUUUAUCGGCAACCUGGACAACUUUGGCCUUAUUAAUGUCGAUAUUAAUGAGUCUACGGGUGGCGACAAGCUCCCGCAGCUCGUCUACUGCCUCUUCCAGAUGAUGUUUGCCGCGCUUACGCCGGCGAUCGCGUGCGGCGCCUUUGCGGACCGCGCGCGUAUCGGCCCGGUGCUGAUUUUCUUCUUCUGCUGGUGCACGAUUGUGUACAAUCCUCUUGCAUACUGGACAUGGAACAGCAACGGGUGGGGCUACCGCCUCGGCGGCAUCGACUUUGCGGGCGGCACGCCCGUGCACAUCAGCGCGGGCACCGCCGCGUUGGUCAUCUCCAUAUACCUCGGGCGCCGCCACGGGUAUGGUACUGAGGCGCUCGCGUACCGCCCCCACAAUGUUCCGCAUGUGAUUCUCGGCACGACGCUGCUCUGGUUCGGCUGGUUCGGCUUCAACGGCGGCUCAGGCAUCGGCGCGAACCUGCGUGCCGCGCAGGCCAUCAUCGUCACGCACGUCGCGGCCUGUGUCGGUGGCCUCACGUGGAUGCUGUGGGACUACCGCCUUGAGAAGAAGUGGUCGGCCGUGGGCUUCUGCUCCGGCGCCAUCUCGGGCCUCGUCGCGAUUACGCCCGCGUCCGGAUACGUCGGCACGCCGUCCGCGCUCGUGUUUGGCGUGCUGGGCGCCACGGCGUGCAACUUUGCAACGGGCCUCAAGAACCUGCUAGGCUACGACGACGCGCUCGAUAUCUUUGCGGCGCACGCGAUCGGCGGUAUCACGGGCAACCUCCUGACGGCCCUGUUCGCCGAUGGUCGCGUCGCCAGCUUUGACGGCAGCGAUCCCUCAGACGGCUCCGGCUGGAUCAACCACCACUACAUCCAGCUCGGCUACCAGCUCGCAGACUCGGCCUCGGGCUUUGGGUGGUCAUUUGUCCUGUCAUUCGUGCUCCUGUUCCUGAUUGAUCAUAUUCCUUUCUGCCACUUCCGCGUGGACGAGAAAGACGAGCUGAUCGGCACCGACAUUGCUCAGGUCGGCGAGGAGGCGUAUGCGAUCCCCCACUACGCCCACCGGGAGGCGCACCAGCCCGUGGAUCUCGAGAUGGGCGAGCGUCCGUGGGAAAUGCGCCAUACGCAGGACACGGACGGUGCGUCUCCAGAAAAGGCGCAAGUCUCUGCGUAA